UUUCAGACGACACAGGAUUACCCUCAAGUGUGACCAGAGUGUGGACAGCCAGCUGGACGUGCAAGGAGAGCAAGGCGGUAGUGCUGUCUAUACCAUGACACUAACAAGCAAGUAUUGCUGUCCGGGAGUUCAUGUGAAGGUGACUAGCGGAGGUCUUUCAGCUGGAACCAUCAUAUUGAUAGUGUUUGUGGCACUGGUCCUGGUAUAUGUAGUGGCAGGGCUUAUCCUUCAGAAGGCUAUCCGUAAGGCAAGUGGCAGGGAGGUCAUCCCCAACUAUUCUGUGUGGUCCUCCAUACCUGGACUCAUCAAGGAUGGCGCAAAAUUUGUAUUCUCCUGUAGGGGAUCUUCCUACCAGAAAAUCUGAUUGCGGCGAAGCAUUGGGGAGUUGACCCUGACAUUUUGUAUCUCACCCUCACAUCAACAUGUUGUCACUCUGUCACAUUAGCCACCUGUUGACAUUGCAUCGUCUUCAUUAGUGUCAUCUGUCUGUUGUGCAGUCUGGUGCUUGACAGAGAUAAAAAGUUGAUAACGGGGUAUCGUAUCAAUUGUACUGUGAGUCUUCAACCAAUACAAGAAUGAUAUUUGAAACAGAUGUGUGAUGGGAAUACAUUUAAAAUUCAAUGCACUGUAGAUAAAUGAUGACAGGCCUCCCAAUCUUUUGACACGCAUUAGAGAUAUGGACACACUGAAGUGACUUCUUGAAGGAUAACGACGACGUGAGUGUCACGUGACACUGGCUGUUAGCCGUGACUGAUGUGACCUCGCAGUUACUGCCACUGGACUGACUGACUGACUGACUGACUGACUGACUGACUGACAAACUUGUAAUUGUGACUAGCGUACAAGCUUACAUACCAUACCUCAAUCGUAAAAAGUUCUCGUUUCAAGCACAUCUACACAUCCACCAUAAUGAGCCGAUACACACAAGGUCAGACAGGUCAAGGUAACUUUAUAUUUUCUUAAAAACAAAACUAAAUAAAACAUUUCUGAAUUAAAAUCUUCUGUUCAGAGAAAACCGACUGCGUGAUAUAAAGAGUACAGUCCUUUGCUGUUUAUUUGUUUCUCUCCUCGAAAUCCCAUGGUGUUGGUGAUCCUGUGGAUGUAGAUUACUGUCGGUAUCUACUCUGUCUCAGGAAGCAGUGACGGUAACAACACAUCACGUGGUCUGUCACGAGGAUGUCGCAUCACGCGCUAACAGUUAGUUCCUAACAGGCUCGGCGUUGUGUCGAGUCACGUGUCAUUUCGCGUUGUCCAUGAGUUACAGGUGCUGAGGAAAAUAAAUACAACCAAAUGUAUUCAAAGUGUAAAAUAAAUAUGUGUAUUUUGUCUGGCUAGCUUUUCUGUUUUGAUUUGACUUGUGCAUCUCCAGAAUAGUUGUAAAUAUUUUAGAAAGUGGGAAAGAAAGGGAGAAGACUAUUUAAAUAGUUGUCGCCUGCCAGCGCUUCACUUCGCAAGAAGACAGGACAAGUGGAGGGACACAACGUGUAGGAAAUCGUUUCUCCUGACUAUCAACGAUUAUCAAAACACGGGUUUGAUAACCUACUUUCUGUCAGACAGGUAGUGUUGCCAACCAAGUGGACGUGUUUCCCUUUUCAAGUGUUGUUCAAAUUGUAAAGCAUGCGCAGGGAUGUGUUGUGGUGUUGGUCCUAGCGUGGCAGGUGAGGUGGGCGACACCACAGGUAAAAUGGGAAUGCAAAAUGAUGAAUACCUGCUCCUGUCAAGCAGAAGAAGGUGUGAUUGACCUCUCACCCUUGGCUAGUGAUGACGGCCCCGCGUUUAAAGAUCUUUUAACUCCCGAAUUGGAAGGAUGGAGAUAUGCAUGGAACCCAUGCAAGUCUUUCACUUUAGGCACUUGUAAAAAUGCUGCUGGCUGUGAGUACUAUCAAGACGGAACCCAAUACACCAAGCUGGGCACACAGGAGAGCGCUCAGUUUGUUACCGAUUCAGGUUCCCUCCAACUUUACUACAACAACACAAAGGAAGGCUCAUUUAGAGGUCUGACGGUGACCUUAACGUGCGACCCCGCGGUGGAGAAGAACGUGACGGUGCAGGUAACUGGAUCCCCCGUUGCUGGACUCACACUGACCAGCAAGUACUGCUGCCCACAACACAAUACAUUCCAACUGUCCAUCGGUUCUAUUCUUGAUAUCGCGUUCGCCGGACUGCUUGUGGUGUACAUUGUGGGUGGCAUCGUCUUUCAAGUGGGAGUCCGUAAAUCGUCUGGCAAGGAGAUCAUCCCCAACUACAGCUGGUGGUCGUCGUUACCUGCACUCAUCAAGGAUGGCAUGAAAUUCACCUUUACCUGUGGAAGGUCAGACUACAAUAAAUUUUGAUGCCGACAACAUGAAGAGAUUUAGUAUUAUUCUGUAUUAUCCUGUAUUAUACUGUAUUAUCUUUGUCUCUGUCUCGCUGCUUGGAGAAUUUGCGUUGUCAGCCCUUGUUUUUGGAGUUUCAGAAAUACUUUGGUUUAUUUUUACUGUGAAGUCAUGUAGGAACUAUAUAUUUAAAUAUAUGUAAAUUCACAUUAUUAUUAUUAUUACUAUUAUUAUUAUUGCGAUGAUGAUGAUGAUGAUGAUGAUGAUGAUUAUUAUUAUUAUUAAUCAUGAAUACGAUAACGAAACCUUCAUUUUUCUUGUUCGUAAGUGUGUUGAAGCUGUAUUUAUAUUUAGCGCUUCGAUGCAAAGUAAAGAAGUGAGAGUUAAACAGUUAUGGAGAAAAAAAACUUGUGUUGUUACAAGAGUGUCAGGCGUGUGGAGAAGUUUGUGAACUGAAAUGAUGUUUAUAAAAGUAUAUCUGUGAACUGAAAUGUACUGUAAAAUAUGUAUGUGAACCGAAGUGUACUCAUUUUCUCUGUGUGUGUGUUUCUCCGUGAACUGGAUCGUGUUGUAGAAAUAUAUCAAUGAUCUAAUAUACAUACAAAAUGGAUACUGUCUUAAAACUGCGAUGUCACAAGAGAGAGAGAGAAAGAGUUUUUGAGAUAAGUUUGUAACACAACAAAUAACUUUUUAUACAGAUAGUUACAUCGAAGUGUAUAUUAUAUUAACACUAC